UACGGGAUUUCGAACACUUCAGGCAGCCGCGGUUCAGCGAUCCUACAACGUUACCAACUGUGCCGCAUCAGCCUCCGAAAAGCUGAAAAUUCUUGUUUGAUUUUAAACUAUGUUCCUUUUCAGGUAUCCUGCCGGACAGAUACGAUAGCUCGUGAUAUCUUCUCACUGGUCGUCCAACAUAUGAACAUCAACGAGCACGUAUUUUUCGGCCUAAGUUUCAUGAAAGAUGGCGAACAUUUCUUCCUUGAAGAUCAUCAACGCCUCGAAAAAUUCGCACCAAAUGGAUGGAAAAACGCACAUAAAAAUGGACUUCGAACGAAUUUCGUGCUCUAUUUGCGAUUCCGCUUCUAUCCUCAAGUGCUCGAUUUCAUAAAAACCGAUGUGACAAUGCACGAAUUAUAUCUACAAGUGCGCCACGAUGUAAUCGAAGAACGAAUUCAACCACGACGAGAUGCAGCCUACGAAUUGGCCGCACUGGCAUUGCAGGCUGAGUUCGGCAAUCGACCCCCACCGGUCAUCGUUGAUUACUUUGACAAUCAACACUAUCUUCCUCAUCGCUACUGUUCAAUGGACGAUCCGAAACAUCUCCAAGCGGUUCUUGCUGAAAUGCAUGGACAUUAUUCGGGAACAAAACCGUCCAUAGCUGAACAUAAGUUCAUUCAGGUACUCCUUCAUGAAUAUCAUAAAUACAGACUAACACAACUUCUGAAAAUUGCACUCUUCCUGGAACUUUGCAAUUUUAAAUGCUCCUAUGUUCCUUUAUUUGAUCCCAUAGCAAACCUUUUUGAAGGGAUUGAAUCAACAUCAACCAUUGCCCUUCCCAAUUUUCGUGACAAAUAG